UAGAAUACAACACUCAAAUUCCAUACAAACCCUCUCUCUCUAGAAAUCAAUGGAGUCGAGCUUAUCUUUGGCUCCGCAAGCAAUUUCAUUAAUCACAUGCUCUCCUGUUUUUUCGCCUCUCUCUUCUCGAGCCGUCGGACUCCUCCGCAGCGAGUUCAUCGGAAACGGACGCAAUAUCCGGUUGCCGCGGCGGAGAUGCAGGAAAUUAUGGCCGAAAUCCGAGCCUGGUUGCGGUAAGUUUCUCUUCAGAGCGUCGCUCGACUCGCAGUCGAUUGUCGUCGUGGCCACGGCGGUCGCAACCGUCUCUGCUGCAGCUGUUGUGUAUCUCGCUUAUAAAAGGAAACAGCUCGAUAUCAAUCAGAUGUCAGGACGGCUAACCCUAGCUCUAUCAGAGCAGAUAAAAUUUGUGACCGCCUGGAUUCUCACAGAUGCAAAGCACCUACGUUUGGGGAAGAAAGAAUCCACUGACAUAAAUCAAUAUUCUAAGAAGGAAACUAGAGAAAAUAAUGGCGCUGACAUCAAUUUUGGAGAAGCUAAUGUGAUUCCUGGAGGUGCUCUCGUUGUAGAGGCACCAGAAGAGUUUAAAUUAAGCAGCAUAGCUCCAGCAGUUAACGGUUGCUUAACGUCAUUGGCAUCUGAGGCUCUGGAGAUAUCAUCAUCUGUGCCGUCUGUUGUUUCUGAAUAUGAUUUCCAAGCAUUUGUUGAUGAAGUUCGUGAAGUGCAACAAAAUGCACAUGAACUCUCCCAUUCAGUUGCUUACGAUUUGUCAGUUCCAAUAACACAGACGAAUUUGGGUGUUUGUGCAUCUUUAGCAGAUCAAAUGCAAGAAGAAACGGAUAAAGUUGGUGGACUAAAUCUUACAAAUGUUGGGGAAAGUGAUGGGAACAACUUGGACCACAUUUUUAGAAGCUCUCCACGUAGAGAGCUGCACACGGUUACCGGGACUUCUUUGGAGAAGUUGGAUAAUUUGGAAGAGUUGCCGUCUUGCGCUACCCUUCAAAGUUUCAGCUGCUAUUCAUCCCUUCGUAACAUGGGUGGGGGAUCAGGUCUUACUGGACGAAAUGUUGUCUUACCUAUAGAGAAGCUUGAAGAGGAAAGGCCUACGAGAUAUUAUGGUCAGGUCUUUCUCUACAAGAAGGACUCAAGAAACCAGAGGAGAUCAAGGAAAACGGAAAAACAGAUUUCGCAUACAGAUGGAACCAAACACUUGCCUCCAUCUUUUGAUCCCGAGCAGAAACAUGAAAACAACAAUCAUAAUCCUUCGUGGCAAUUACGUGUUUACGAGCAACUCCUGAGGGAAGGCAGGUUAAAUGAAUGCAUUGAGUUGCUUGAAGAUAUGGACAGAAAUGGUUCAUUUGAUAUGGAUAAGAUUUACCACUCCAGAUUUUUUGAUGUCUGCAAACGCCAGAAGGCAGUCAAGGUGGCAUUUCGUUUUACCAGGCUUAUACGAAAUCCCACUCUGAGCACAUUUAAUAUGCUUAUGUCUGUUUGUGCAAGCUCUCAAGAUUCAGAAGGUGCCUUUCAGAUUCUACAACUUGUUCAGGAAGCUGCAUUAAAUGCUGACUGCAAACUAUACACAACGUUAAUAUCGACUUGUGCUAAAAGUGGUAAAGUGGAUACGAUGUUCAAGGUUUUCCAUGAAAUGGUAAAUGGUGGAGUUGAACCAAAUCUUCACACAUAUGGUGCACUCAUUGAUGGUUGCGCAAAAGCAGGGCAAGUUGCUAAGGCGUUCGGGGCCUACGGAAUACUCAGAUCAAAGAAUGUAAAGCCAGACCGAGUAGUUUUCAAUGCGCUUAUCACUGCAUGUGGUCAAUCAGGAGCAGUUGACCGUGCAUUUGACGUGUUAGCUGAAAUGAGAGCAGAGUUACAACCAAUAGACCCUGAUCAUGUCACUGUAGGUGCUCUGAUGAAGGCAUGUGCUAGUGCUGGACAGAUUGAUCGAGCCAGAGAGGUGUACAAUAUGAUUCAUCAGUAUGAUAUCCGUGGCACUGCUGAGCUUUACACUAUUGCUGUGAAUAGCUGCAGUCAUCGUGGUGAUUGGGAGUUUGCUUGUAGUGUAUAUGACGACAUGAUCCGGAAAGGUGUCGCUCCUGAUGAGAUGUUUAUCAGCGCAUUGAUAGAUGUAGCAGGGCAUGCUGGGAAAGUGGAUGCUGCAUUUGAAAUUCUACAAGAAGCUAGGGCUAAGGGAAUGCAUGUUGGGAUCAUAUCAUAUAGCUCCUUGAUGGGAGCAUGCAGCAAAGCUAGAGAUUGGCAAAAGGCGCUGGAACUGUAUGAGGACAUUAAGAGGUCUACUCUGAAACCUGGAGUGUCACUAAUGAAUGCUUUGAUAACUGCUUUGUGUGAUGCAGAUCAACUGCAAAAGGCCUUGGAAAUCUUAUCUGAGAUGAAGAGCACUGGUGUAUGCCCAAACAUCAUAACUUACUCUGUUCUUUUAGUGGCAAGUGAAAAAAAGGAUGAUCUAGAAGCUGGCCUCAAGCUUUUUUCUCAAGCAAAACAGGAUUCUGUUGCUCUAAACCUUGUAAUGUGCCGAUGUCUCAUAGCUAUGUGCCUACGGAGGUUCCAAGCCGAUUGCUCAGCUGGCGAGCCUGUUCUAUCUUUCACCUCAGUUCAGCUUAAUAGUAAAUGGACAUCCUUGGCCCUAAUGGUGUAUAGGGAAACAAUUGUAGCUGGUGUAGCACCUAGGAUGGAUGAACUUUCACUUGUUUUGGGUUGCCUUAAGUUGCCUCAUGAUAUAUCUGUGCGAAAUAGACUCAUUGAGAAUCUUGGAUAUAAUAGUGGCCCAUCAAAAGGUGCAAACGUGUGUUCCUUGAUUAAUGGCUUUGGGGAAUAUGAUCCUCGCGCUUUUUCUUUGGUUGAGGAAGCUACUUCUCUUGGAGUUAUACCAUUAACCUCUAUGAAAGACAGCCUCAUAGUUGUUGAUUUGAGAAAUUUUCAGGUUCACACAGCUGCGGUGUACCUCUUGACAGUUCUAAAAGGUCUCAAGCAUCGCUUGGCUGCUGGUGUUAAGGCUCCCAAUUUAAAUAUUCUAUUGCCAGUAGAAAAGGCACAAAUUCAAACUUCUGCAGGGCAGACGGAGAUUAAUAUGGCUGGCAGGGUAAGCCAAGAAGUUGCAGCACUAUUGAGGAGACUUGGGCUAUCUUAUCAAGGAAACGGAUCUUAUGGAAAGAUCCGCAUAAAUGGCAUUACCAUAAGAAAGUGGUUUCAGCCAAAGCUUGGUUCUCCUUUCACUGAAAAAAAAAUGGAACUUAGCUCACCCCUAGCAAAUCUAGCUUCAGGCAUAAACCGCCAAAGACGUAAAAUCAGAACCGUUCACUUGUCGCUGGAAUAAGGUCCACAGCUUUGAUGCAGUUCUUCUGUGCAGAUGGCUAACACUAUUGAUGUGGUGGAAGUUUUUUCUAGAAAGAUCAGCACAACUUUAGUUCAAAAAGAGUGAGAAUUGUAAGGGAAAUGGAGAUUUUUCCAAGAUUGUCUCCAUGUGCUGGCUGAGAAACCUUGCAAUUUUCUACAUGCAGUAGCUGCCCUAGACUGUAGAUUAUGCAGAUGGUUUUGUGCUGGUCAGAGUGAUGCAGCUUUGUUAUUGGUUUCUAUAUUCUGGGGGAAUUUAGUAAUAUAAAUUUGAAUUGUAUAGCAGCAAUAAUGUGAGGAUGAAUAUAGAGUCAGUAGACUACUAUCUGCUGUAUAUAAGGGCUCUAUAAGUCCUUGAUUCACAAUGUAGACCUUACUCGUUUUGUAUGAUAUAUAUAUCUGCUGUAUUUCUACCAGGAUUUUUGUGGACUUUAGACAUAGCAUUUUAUUUUCAACUUCUGGUUGUUGGUAGAGUGUAUAAUGAUGAAUGAACAGGCUACUGUAAAGAAAAUUGUGUCUGAAUGAAGGAUUUGUGGAUUUGUUUGGUUUUGA